AGGCGCUGUAGUAAAAGCUAUGGCAAUUUGUACUAGGCAUCAAUAUUUACAUAUUUAUAAGCCAGUUCUUUUAUUAGCACUUGAUAAUUAUUUUCAAGAUCCUUCAGUAGAAUGUCUUGCAUCUCUCUAUGAAGCUGUGAAUUCAAUGGAUUGUAAAUUUAUGCCAAUAUUUAAUGCUCAUGAAAAAGCUAUUUUACGUGCAUCAGAGAAUAAAGAUAUGUUUGAAGAAAAAUUUACAGCAUUUGAAAACAAUAGAAAACAUGUACAAGAAAGUUCUACAGUCUCAUUGAGCGAUCAAUUAUCUGACGAAAUUUCGGGUAAAGGAUUGGGAAUAAUUAAUGAAAAUAGUGAAGGUUAUGGAAGUGAUUACGUUAUUGUCAGUGAAGAAGAGAGAGAAAAAUUGAAACGAGGAACUUAUAUUGAUUUGGCUCCAAAUUUGAGUAAAAAUAAAGAUAGACAUUUCUUUGAGACAAAAGUUGUGUAUAAUGGAAUUAAACUUCCUAUAAGAGUGCCAUUAACCGUUAAUCCUGAAGAAGUUGGUGACUUUUCAUUAAUUAAACUAAUCACUACAUUCAAUCCACCAUCACCGGCUCCAUUUAAUCACCCAUUUCAUCCUCAUUUGGAUUCAAGUGGAAAUCAAACCCAGCCAAUAAUUUUAUUGCUUAAUGCGCUACUUACUCAGAAACGGAUUAUUUUUUUGGGGCAAGGACAUCCGUCGGGUGAUGUUGCCAAUUAUGUGUUAUCCGCAUGUGCUAUGGGAAGUGGCAGUGGUGGUGUUUUAAGAGGAUUUACGGAACGUGCUUUUCCAUACACUAAUUUAACAAAUGUUGAUGACUUGUUAAAAGUGCCAGGUUUUAUAGCUGGAGUAACAAAUAGAAUUUUUGAAGAUCAUAGUUCAUGGUGGGAUGUUUUAUGUAAUAUUGACACGGGAAAAAUUACUGUAAUGCAUGCAAUUCAACAUCACUACGGUGAAACUGCGAUACGUGGUAAAUUUCAAGAGUAUGUACAGCGUUUCGUAAGACUAACGGCUUUAUAUGAAGUCGAGACUUUUGGUUCAACUAAAAUCGGAAUGAUGCCAGAGGAUACAGAUUAUCCGGGAAUUCUUAGUACAGGACUAGCAUUUCAGGAUGAUAAUUCAAAACAUAGAGAAUUUGCUGCUAACGUUAAUAGAAUUGAAGGAUGGAGGCAGACAAUUAGUUAUAAGUAUUAUCAGUUGGAUUUCCAAAAUUAUUUGAAAACACGUAACAUAAAAUCCUUUGAUGUACAUCACCAAGUGUCAAAAUUAAAAUUGUUAAAAAGUUUGCCUGAACAAGAGGUUGAAACUUUAUACAAAGCGUUUGUUAAUAGUAUUUCCACUGACGAACAAAUCAUUGAGUUCUUGUCAUAUCUACCACAAAAUCAAGGAGGUUUAUUUCCGAUUGGGCUAGGUCUGUUUUAUCCACUUAAGACCGUAAGAGAUAAUACAAUUGAAUUGUUCAAUAGGCUUAAUAGUCAUGCUACUGGAAGUAAAUUUAUACAGAGUUUAAAUAGCUUUCAAAAACUUGCUUACGAAAGGCAAUUUAAUCAAAAGCGAGAGAGACAACAACAGUUAGAAUUCGCUAAUAAGCUCGCUUGUUCACAAGAUUCUAAUGAUUCUAAUUUGGAGUUUAUGGAAUUUUGA